CAUUCACCAUGUACAGAAGACUACAAGAGAUCCGUCAGUCCCAUGAGUUGUACCGUGUCCCCAACCCUCCCUCCAACCCCAAGCCAGCCAACCAGGCGCCACAGGAUGUCGAGCGCCAGACCCGUAAGGGCCGCAGAAACCUCCGCAAGGCCCCCCAGGUCCUCGGCAAGGCCCCCCAGGUCCUCGGUGUGGACAUGAACGAGGUGAUGGACUCCUGUGAAGAAGCCGAUCGUCACCUGAAGGCUGGGCACAGACCUGAGUACAUUCCAGCCAGAGGAUUCUCAGACAACAUGCCAAACAGAUACAUGAGAUCAUCCCCCACAGAAGAGGAGCUGGAUAGAACCUUAGACGAUCACGCGGAGAGACUGUACCACCACAAACUGCAGACCCAGAUGUUUGGGGAGGACCUCAGCACCUCAAAGAUGCCGACUAAGAAGCGAGGUAAGAAAGUCCGCGCACAGGAAAAGCUCCACCAACUCGAGCAGGAGCGCCACAACGCCGUGCCCUUCAGCCACGAACACCAGCUGUUCCGAUCGGUCUGCACCACGGCCAUGUUUGGCGAGGACCUGUCCGAUAAGUCGACCCGUAGAGCGCCCGCACAGCCCGGCCUGGUUGGAGGACGGAACCACCGCACCCACGACAUGCAGGGGGCAGAGAAGGCGCGGUACCAGGUGAAACCUGAGCCUGAUGAUCACGAUGAGGCCGUCUACAUCACCAUGGCAGAUCUGGACUUCCGCGCAAACAGACUGAAGCUAGCAGCCGACUUGGAUCUCUCCUCUGACAGGACUGCCAUCAAGCUGCCGUCCCUGGCUCCACAGCGCCACCGUCUGGCUGGAAAGAGAACUGCAGCAGCCGCCACCAUCUCUGGCCACCACUCGCGGAUGGACACAAAGCCACACAUCGCUGCAACGUCCGACAACGCAGCCCCAAGUAACAUGCCUGGCCACUACUUGGUGAGUUUCAACCCGUUGACUGAUUUCUUGAGACUUACAGUCAACACUGUUGACACUAGUUUUCAGUGCAAAAGACUGGUGCUGAAUGUCACACCAGCAAGACGGGUGUCCGUCACCUACAAGAUCACCGGCAAGGAGGCUCAAGAGUAG